AUGCAGUUACCGACGUUCCCCAAGAUCUACAACACCUACUUCCUCGCGAUUAUCGCGACGAUAGGUGGCAUGCUCUUCGGUUUCGACAUCUCGUCCAUGUCCGCCAUCGUCAGCACCGACCAGUACAUUGACUACUUUAACAACCCCCAUGGCGUGCUCCAGGGUGCUAUUGGGUCUGCUUUGGCGGCGGGCUCCGUGGUUGGGUCGGCUAUCGCAGGUCCUGUUUCAGACCGGAUCGGUCGUCGCGACUCCAUUAUGUUUGCAUGCCUGUGGUGGCUCGUCGGGACUGGGAUCCAGGCUGGCACUCGAGGGUAUGGUUCGCUCAUUGCUGGUCGCGUGCUGAACGGGGUGUGCGUCGGAAUCACCUCGUCGCAGGUGCCGGUGUACCUGGCCGAGAUCAGUAAGAAGGAAAAACGUGGUUCCAUUAUCGUCAUCCAGCAGCUUGCCAUCGAAUGGGGUAUCUUGAUCAUGUUCUUCAUCGGCUAUGGUUGCUCUACUAUUCCAGGUCCAGCCUCGUUCCGCACUGCCUGGGGAAUCCAGUACAUUCCUUGCGUGCUGCUGAUGAUGGGUCUGCCGUUUCUUCCCCGGUCUCCCCGUUGGCUGGCCAAGGUGGACCGGACCGAAGAGGCGAUCCAGACCCUGGCUCGGAUCCAGGCUGGCGGCGACGUCAACGAUCCCUUGGUCGUGGCUGAAUGGGAGGAAAUCACAACGGUGCUCGCUGCCGAGCGUGCAGCGCCGCCGGGAUGGCGGAAAUUCGUGUACAACGGAAUGUGGCGCCGGACGCUGGCCGGCUUUACCGUGCAAGCCUGGCAGCAGCUGAGCGGAGCCAACAUCAUGACCUACUACGUGGUAUAUGUGUUCGAAAUGGCCAAUCUAACUGGCAACGUUCUUCUUGUCUCGUCUGGAAUCCAGUACGCGCUUUUCAUCGUUUUUACGAGCGUCAUCUUCUUCUAUAUCGACAAGACCAGCCGCCGUAGCCUGCUGAUUUGGGGAGCCCUUGCCAUGGGCGCGUGCCAUUUUAUCGUCGCUGGAAUUCUGUCGGCCGGGGAAUAUGUUCCUGGCGGCGUGAACGGCAACCUCAACGUCCUUAUCAAGGUGACGGGAGACAAAGCGCACGCGAUUAUUGCAUUCUCGUAUCUACUGAUUAUUGUGUAUGCCCUGACCCUGGCACCGGUCUGCUGGGUGUAUGCUGCGGAGGUGUGGUCUUUGGAGACGCGUGCCACGGGCAUGGGUAUUGCCGCCAUUGGAAACUGGCUGUUCAACUUUGCUUUGGGAUUGUAUCUCCCACCAGGCUUUGCGAACAUCACGUGGAAGCUUUUCAUUGUGCAUGGCGUGCUGUGCGUCGGUGCUGCUAUCCAGUUUUUCCUAACAUACCCCGAAACCUGCGGCAAGACUCUCGAGGAGAUCGAGGAGAUGUUCAGCCCGAACGGGCCCUACGCAUGGCAGACACGCAAGGGAGAAUCCAAGCUGGAUGCGCUCAUCCAGGAGGCCAGGGAGAAGAACCUGCAAGUCAAGGACGUGGGUGCAACCGCCACCCAUCACGAACAGGCCGUGACGGAGGUCAAGACGGAAACUGCUUAG